UCGUUUAAAUUAUUUGCUUUUGUAAUAUUAUAGAUAAUAAUAAAUAACGUUUUGAUGUUUCGGUGACGGAUAAUAAUAAUAAUAAUAAUAAUAUGUACUAAUUAAUUGUCGUUCACUCGUUCAGUUUAUAUUUUAUUUUAUUUAUCGACACUCACGAACACACACACACACACACACACACACUCACUCACUCACUCGCAUACCGUCGUCGACAUUAAUUGUCUCGUGUACAGCCACAGAUCAUUCUACGGUGUUCGAAGCUCAGAAACGAAGCGAUUGCGCCCCAGCUUUGUGUACCACAUUUGAAAUCAACCGAUAAACGACGGGCACGAUGAACGAUUACACCGCCAAGGACUUGAGUGACCACGAACCAGAAGACAAUGAAAACAAUGACAACGACAAACGUGCAUUUGAUGAGAUGAACAGUCAAAUUCAACUUGUUCUACAAGAUAUGAAAGACAAAUUCCAAACUAUGUCUGAUCAAAUAUUGUCGAGAAUAGAUGAUAUGGGUGCACGUAUCGAUGAUUUAGAGAAGAAUAUUUCUGACUUGAUGAUCCACGCAGGUCUCGAAACUCCAGACAAAUGAUAUUUAGAAUACUAUCGUAUUACAAGAAAUGAAUAGGUCACUUAAUAUUAACAAGAUUAUAUAUAUAUAUAUAUAUAAACUUAGGACCUACAUAAUUAUUUGAAAUAUGAUUAAAAUUAAAACAAGGUAAACUUAAGUGUAUCAUUGUCUAUAAGUAUCUAUAUACUCUGUUUAGCGAGAAAACAAAAAGCAGUCCGAUGAAAAUUGGUUCUUCUGUGCAUCCCCGCGCAUCAACCUACUAUAACUGGUCUUCAAGGCAGGUUGUCGAUUCAAGAGGUGCAGAACUGCCUUGUUCUCUUGCUGGACAGAGUGUAUUAUAUAUAUUAAUACCUAUAUAUUAUAAUAUGUGUAUUUCGUUUUUUAUAUACUAUCUAUCAGUCUUCUCCAAUAAUAAAACUUAAAUAUAAAAUUACUUAAAUGGUAGAUCCAUACUAGUUGUAUAUCUAUACUCUAUUCAGCUUAUGAAUGGCCAGUCGGAUAGAUUUAAAUGCGUUGAAACAGAGCAUUUACUCCCAAUACCGAUACGCAUGAAAACAGCUGCCUCUACUCUAAGCUGAAUAGACCUAUGGACCUAUAAUUAUAUUCUUUCCAUUAGUUGAAUUUAUUCAACUCAUAUUGACCAAUAUUUAACUUAUUACAGCUAAAAACAGCUCAAACCUGUAAAUUAUUUUUAAGGAAUUUUCACUCAAUAAUAAAUAUUAGUAUUCUUUAUUUAUUGAAUAUAAUUUACCUUAUACACAUAUUAAUUUAUUCAAAUUUAAAAUUAUAGUUUUCUUUUCUUACAAAAAUAUUAUACUUUUAUUUUAAACACACAUUGUAGUAUUUUGAGAUUAUUGUAUCAAGAGGAUUUAAUACCAACUGUUUUUAAGUUUAACAUUUUCUAACUCAAUGCAUGUGAAUAUGUGAGUAAUAUGUAAUAAUUAAAAGAGAUGUGAGGCACUUACAUGUUAAUAUGUAAUAUUUUUUGCUUUUUACUAGAUGCAUAUAAUUUUUGUCUAUCAAACCAACAAAAUUUGUAAUGUGAUAAGCGAAAUCUAAAAACAUUUAAAUUCUUUUUGAAGUUUACUUGAGAUCAAUAAUCCUACUCUUGUGACUUUUUUUUUUCAAUAUUUUUGUAAGAUCAUUAAAAAUUCUUCAUUUUUUCAUUUUAAAAAUAAAAUUUAAAGAAAAGGUUUGAGAUGAAAUUGAAAACGUUUUAUUAUCAAUGUCACUUAACUCCAUAGUGAGUUUUAUUAAAUUUCAGUUUUUACAUCAAUACAAUAAACAAAUUAAAGGAAUUUUUUCAUAACAAAAACAGUCGGUACUUAAUCCUCUUAAUGUUUUAAAAAUAUAUUAUUAUUAUAGCUUAAUCAAUCUCAUUACAACAUUGUACUAUGACUGAGAAUCAUUUAAAAAUUUUUUAUGAGCUAUAGAUAUGGUAUAAAAUUUAAUUUAAGUAAACCUCUGCUAAUCAAGUACAGUGGAAAUUUUUUAUAACCUAACCUAACCUUACAUGACGAUAGGUCUGUGGUUUUAAUUUUAAUAAGUAGGCAUUUUAGUGUAAGUUAAUUGGCAGAAAUAUUAAAUUUUCAAUUGUUUUUAAACAAUUUCUGCAUAUUAUUAUAUUUCUGUUAUUAGAAUAAACAAAAUUGUAUGAAUCAACAAUCUUUAUUUGAAUAAACAACCUAUAUGUAAAAUAUAUUA